CCUGUUUUUGCAUUGCAUUCUGGGGAUUGGAAACUGGUGAAUGGUAAGAAAGUAUACUGCAGUACGUCUGAAGGCCGACAGGCGUCUCUUGCGUACACCCGGAAGUCACAACUCUGCAAAGGUGUUUCACACAGCUCCUGUAACGUUACUUUCUUGUAAUACCACGCACUUGGUGGCGUAAAGCCCUUGGUAGAUCCAGCUUACAGCAACUUUAUGUGAACAGGUGUUGAGGAUUCGAAGACAAACAGUGGACUGGAAGUGGAAGUAUGUGAAACAUGGCUGCCCAAGGUGUUCAGAAGUACUUUUUCUUCACCAAGCAGAGAGUGAGCUCGGAUUGGAAGGACCUGGCCUACUUCCUGGGUUUCCCCGACUCAGAAAUCAGAAACAUUGACGGCAGAAACCACGAUGACAUGUCUCGCUGUAUGGACAUGUUACAUGAGUGGAAAAGAAGAAGGGGUAACGCUGCUACUAUAGAGGUCCUGAUGGAGGCUCUGUCCAGUGUCGGUCUACAAAGUGUCCUGGAUGGUUUGAAGGCCAAGUUUCCAGAGUUGACUACACAGCAGGUGACAUUGAAGCAACCUCUCCAGGAGACAACAGGGCAAUCUCCAAGUGAACAUCUUCACUCUAGGCUGCAACUGUUGUCUUUGGGGCAACCUCAUGAUCAGCACAACACAAGAGGGCAACCUACACAGGACACAACUCAACCUAAGCAGGAGACAACGGGACAACCUUCUAGUGAGCAACCAACGUCGUGGAGACAACCUCAACAGGAGACAUCAGAGAAACCUCCGCAAGACACAACUGAACCUAAGCAGCAGUCAACCGGUGAGCAAACCUCGUCAGACACGAGUCGGCAACCCCAACAAGAGACAACAGGGCCGCCCUCCACUGGGGGAACUUCUUCUGUAUUGGAGUCCCCUCCAUGUUCUGAUUAUGAAGGUCCAAAAAAGUUGUUCAUCAUCCAUGGAGGGGAAGACAAGGACACCCUGGUGGAACCUCUGGUCCACGAGAUCGUAGACCAAGGAGUGCCCAAGGAAGACGUCUUCUACGAUAAGUGGUCCAUCGAAGACGCCCAGAGUUUCAAGGAGUCCAUAGCCUUAGCCAUCCAGGACAGGUCCUGUAAGCUUGCUGUUAUAGUGAUCAGUGAACACAUGAUGAAAAAACACUGGCCCAGGAAAGAGCUUGAGGAGUUUUUGAAGCGAGGGAUCAGAUUUUUCCCUAUUUUUUAUGGCGUGAAACCUGAUGAUGUGAGGAAAGAGUUUUCGCCAAUGCUGGCUGAUACUAGGGGGGUAGAAAUUCCCAGAACAGGGGAGGCGGUGGAUGAAAUCUUGAUAGCAGGAACGGCAAGUAAGAUCCGAAAAAUCUUUCAGAAACCAUAAGCAGGUAUAUAUUCAUCACUCGGGUCAUAAAGUUGAUGAAGACUGUCAGCAAUUCUGUCGAAAAUUUCUGGAGUUAAUUUCUUUUUGAGUUGGAGAACAGUUUGAUUUUCUUUAUGUAUCAUACCAACUCAGAUGAACUUUCAUGCUAGGUAUUCAUCUCGACUAGUGUGAGGAGUAAGAAGUUGCAAAGUUCUAAAAUUGAGCA